CAUCAUGCAUCAAGAGACCCACAACAAGCUGGUCCUGUUCGUCUACAUUUUUACUUUUAUCACAGGUCUGCCUUCUAACUUGUUGGCAUUCUACACGUUCCUAAUGAAGGUGCGCCAGAAGGCAACGCCCGUAGACAUACUUCUCCUCAACUUGACUGUUUCUGACCUUAUCCUACUAAUGUUUCUGCCUUUCAAGAUGGAUGAAGCCGCUUCCAAUAUGACUUGGAGGCUACCGCAGUUCCUCUGCCCACUCACUGGUUUCUGCUACUACAGCAGCAUCUACAUCAGUACCCUGUUCCUCACAGCUCUAAGUGUGGACCGCUAUAUCGGAGUAGCUUACCCUAUCAAAUACAAGCUUAACCGCAAGCCUAUGUAUGCUAUAGUAGCAAGCAUCAGCAUAUGGAUUCUGGCUUGUGCUAAUUGUAGCAUUGUCUAUAUUGUGCAAUACAAAAUUCCACUGAGUACAAACCUUUCUGACAAUUUCACAUGUUAUGAACAAUUUUCCAAGGAACAGCUAGAUGUCCUUCUCCCAGUAAGACUGCAAUUAGGCUUGGUGCUCUUCUUCCUCCCAUUCGUAGUAACAGUUUUCUGCUAUGUGAACUUCAUCAGAAUUUUAAUGUCUCUUCCCAACAUAGCGGCCAAGAGAAAGAAGAGAGCCAUAGGCCUGGCAGUGGCCACUCUCACCAAUUUUAUCAUCUGUUUCUCUCCUUAUAACAUCUCCCACAUUGUUGGCUUUAUACAAGAUAAAAGCCCAUCAUGGAAGGUGGGUGCUUUGCUACUUAGCACAUUUAAUGCAAGUUUGGACCCAAUUGUUUUCUACUUCUCUUCUUCAGCUGUUCAAGAAGUGGCUUGCAAUUGUAUCGUUGGAAUAUCAAGAAAAGUUAGGACCAUCUUCCCCCGCAGGUCUCUCUGCUCUUCAUCUUGUGAUAUUUCGUUCAAGGAAAGUAGUGUGGAUAGAUCUUCAACAUAAGGCUUUGGAAGCUGAAGGCAUCUCAGUAAUAUAAAAAUAAUUUCUUACAAAAACUUUGCUUUGUAAAAAGCCUGCAAAACUGGUUGGAGGUGAAAGCCUCACGUCAUUAAAAAUGGUCUAUAUUUAAUAUACAGGACUAUAAAUAAAGAUGUAGAGACAUUGAACAGUAGGUUCUAUGCCAAAUCCUGACUGGUUACAAAGAUACUGAAAUUCCUGUACACACCUUGAUGGUAACGUUUGGAUCUUCCCUAUUAGUUUAUGAUCUUCUUCUUCAUCCUAAGAACAAUUUACUUACCCAAAUGAUACCGCCUGACCUAAAAUAUAAGUAACUUGUCUCAACAUUCCACAAUGUCUUUUGGGUUUAUGUUGAAAGAAGAAAACCGUUAUGACUAUAUGUACAGAAUUAUUUUUUUAUGAAAACUUAUUAGGGGGCGUAUUUAUCAAAGGUCGAAUGAUAGAGUUU